AUGCAGACUGUCGGUUCCGGCCGGAAUCCUGCGGCAAUGAACCUACCGGAACUUGCUGGAAUCGGCGAAAACUGUGCCGGAAUCGAGAAGAGCUGUACCGGAACCGACUCAGGUUUCAACGGAUCCAGUCGUCGUAAUGAUCGACCUGGGUUAAUUGCCAUCAGGCUCGGAUCCAAAAUCAUCAAAUUAGNAACAGUUGCACUGACGUUUACUACAACGGUAAGCAUUACAACUACGAUAACUACUACUGCAACAACUACCGUUGUAUGUACAACUCCAACCUCUUUUAUUACCUCUUAUAAUAAUGCUCCAAGUGCAAGUGUUUAUACACAGGCAACAUUCAGCUAUACUGCGACGUCUACCGGCAGCGCUGUUGUUCAGUUCUGUACGAUUAAUUCCGGUUCCGGAAAGCAUUGGUAUUGGGACGAUAUCAGUAUUGUGGAUACGAAUGCAUCGAAUUCUGAGAUGCUCGUGAAUAACAACUUUGAGAAUGGUACUCUUGCUGGAUGGCAAAUGAUAUGUACUCCGAGUUGUGCAUCAGGUUCUUCAGGCACUAUAUCAUUUUCGUCAUGUAAUGGAGGUUCAUACUGUUACGUAGAUGAAUGUCAAGGCGGACCGGAUUGUUUACGACAAACGUUUCCCAUAACUACGGGACAUAUUUACACCCUCUCGUACUUUAUCAUGUCCGACCAAAAAGGUAACAUGAAGGCUUACGUUCAAAUCUUUUAA